AUGGCCAUGGGACAAGGAGAGCAGCGCGCCAUACACGCUUUCUUCAGAAAAGGUCAUUAUGAUUUCUCAACCAUCAGUGAACAUGUGCUCAUAGAUGCAGACUUCGGAGUAUCUAAACCUGUCGUACAGCCUGUCGACAUUGGCCUCCUUCGUCCCACUACCUCCCCUGAAUCCAAUUCCAAUGGAUCGCCUACACUCCAAUCACCGCCCGUAGCGGCACUUGACCACGACCCCAACUCGGAUCGAAGAAAGCGGCGAAAAACCAGCAGAGAUGCGGAUAAUGCUUCGGUUGUUGACGCGGUGACGGAAGGCGAGCCAAUUCAUGAGGGCAGCGAUCUGGCUGAAGACGGAACUACGAUUGCAAUUGCGGAGACACCAAGCACAUCAUAUGCGGUCCAGGUUCCAGCCCUGCCUCAGGGAAGUGAACCUCUGCAAUCGGUUACCGGCAGCUCUGAUUAUACACCUGUCGAUCCUGGUGAGAAGAAGCAAAGGGUGGUCAAACUGAACGCGAACGGGAAGCUUCUCAGUUCCCCGGUUGCCAACAAGUUUGCCGAUAUGUCUAAGAGAAAGAGUAGCAGGCGCGGAAGGCCACCGGCACGGCUUACCGAGGACGUGGAAAAGAAGCUUGUCGUGAUCAAAUAUAUAAAUCAAGACGGGCACUCGCAAAGUAUAGGGCAGCAAAUUAACGAGAUUCUUAGCGGAAGGAGGAAGCAUACUACCUCAAAUCAUCCUGCCCGUCCGACCACUACCAUUCCAGCAGCAACCACGAGACAACCACCAAAGGCUACCCAUCCAUUCUUCCUGAAGAAGGCAGCACAAAAGCCGGACGUCUCUUCCACUGACCCGCCACCUCAAGAUCUGCCUUCCACACCCGCCGAUGAGAAUGUCACAAGCAAACCUAACCCAGCUCUAUUACCACCAUUCUCCAAGCCAGCAUUAUCUUUCAAACAUGUCUUUGCAAAAGUUCCGGAUCCCGUGCACCCACUUUGGCCUCCGUCUGGGUUAACUCACGUGCGAGAUCUUAAUCACUCGUACGACUCGGGCGAUGACCGCCAAACUUUCGAGACAGACACCAGGAAAUCAAAGACACCUGCUGUACAGGUUAGUGACGAAGAGAGCGUGCUCGCUUCGAUCAAAAGCUCGGCCAAUGUUGACCGGGCUUUGCGUGAGCCACGUCAACAGGUCAUCAGUGGACGAGUGCUGCAGGCGAACAUAGCCAAACGAUUAACGGGACAGCGCGCAGCUUCUGAUACAGGAGAGACCCCGGCAUACGACGCGUUUCAUCCAGCUGUUGCCAAGUUAUACGCGUCUUUACCCACUUCACUAUCUGCUUUUGAUCGUGGAGAUUACGAGGCACAGAUCUGGGCGCAUAAAUAUGCGCCUACCUCCGCACAACAGGUUCUUUGCGCGACCAAAGAAGCUCUGAUGUUGCGCGAUUGGCUAAACCAUCUCGUUGUCUCGAAUGUUGAGAUGGGCAAUCCCUCGAAAGACAAUGAGAGAGCUAAACGGAAAGAAGAGAAGAAGCGCAAAAGACGGAAGAAAGCGGAUAAACUGGAUGGAUUCGUCGUCGACAGCGAAGAUGAGUAUUCCGAGAUGGGUGAGAUCUCCGGUUCUGACGAUGAAUUGGCCGGUGAUGUGACGACGGUAUCCAGCAAGCGAACCGUAAUUCGAACAGGAGAUUUGACAUUCAGUCUGAGGUCCAACAAUGAACGUGGUCGUAUGACCAAUGCAAUUCUCCUCAGCGGUCCUUCAGGAUGCGGUAAAACCGCCUCUGUUUAUGCAGUGGCGAAAGAGAUGGACUUCGAGGUCUUCGAGAUCAAUGCAGGCUCCAGACGCAGUGCGAAAGAUAUCUUGGAUCGGAUUGGCGACAUGACUCAAAACCACCUUGUGCAUAACUUGCACGACAAGGAAAAUCGGAAUCAGGCUUCCGGCACAGAGUCGCAGGUUGAUGAGCUGGAAGACGCGAAGCAGAACAAGUUAAAGGGAUUCUUCAAAUCUGCUUCGACGGCUAAGAAACCUGGCAGGCCAAAGUCAAAGGCUUCUGCGAAGGAAAGCACCGUACAAGCCCGAAGCCAGAAACAAUCUUUGAUCCUUCUAGAGGAAGCGGACAUCUUGUUUGAGGAAGAUAAGCAGUUCUGGUCCGGAGUCCUUACUCUGAUCAACCAGUCGAAGCGCCCAAUAGUUAUAACCUGCAACGAUGAGAGCCUUGUCCCGCUUGAUGAUAUAUCCUUCCACGCCAUACUUCGGUAUAGGGCUCCAUCACAGGAACUGGCGGUCGACUACCUUCUCCUGAUGGCUGCGAAUGAAGGCCACAUACUCGAGCGGACGGCGAUUGAGAAACUCUACUCGAGCACCGGUAAUGACCUUCGAAAAUCCAUAAUGGACUUGAAUUACUGGUGCCAGAUGGCCGUCGGAAGCGAAAAAUCGGGCCUAGAUUGGAUGAUUGACCGAUGGCCACAAGGUAUAGACCUUGACUCUAAUGGGGACAAAAUGCGGGUACUCAGCAUGGAUACAUACGAUGAUUAUAUGGGCUGGUUCAGUCGGGAUGUUUCCAUCAGCCCCGGCCUGACGACCGAGAUCGAGCUUCGAGAGGAAGCUCUGCACUGGUGGCAGUUGAGCUUACAAGAGGCCGAUGACAUGGAGGAUAUGCAGCGUCGACCUUUCUCAGAACAGAGCUCGGGCAUGUCGAAACUCGAGCUCCUAGAAAACCUGCAUCAUCAGUCCGAGUAUGCGGAAUCACGAAGUGUCUUGGAUGUUCUUACUGCGUCUUGCUCCCUGGAUGCCAAGAAGGACGCGAUUGACACAUCUGUACCCCCGAUCUGCGAAAAGCAAAAGCUAAAUUUCGUCGAAGGAUAUCACCUAUUACAGGCUGACCAUGUCCCCGAUUACACCACUCUAACCUUGGACGUUGGGAGUACUUUCCAGGCUCUGGUUGGAAGAGCAUUCCGCCGAAUGGAUGAAGCUGAUUUGAAGGAUAUGCUAGCUACGAACUUGUUCGAAGCUGUCUCCAAGCCCAAGGCAGCUCAGUCUCAUGACAAGGAGCUUCUAGACGCGCUCAUGCCAGCCAUGAAGCCCGAUUGCGAAACUCUACCGCCCAGUGGGAGCGCAGAGCUUGCGUUCGAAUAUGGCCAACGAUCAAUCGCCGAAGAUGUCACGCCCUACGUUCGAUCAAUAGUUGCGUUUGACCUGCGUCUCGAGAAUUACCGCAGGGAACUCAGCGGCCUUCUGUCUGGCAACGGGAGAGGCACGAAACGAAUGCGGACUACUCGCGCUAGUCGAGCAGCGCUAGAGGGUGGUAAUAAGGCGGAAACUCGAAGGGAAAGAUGGUUCUCCUCGGCUUUGAAUGUACAACGAAUUCUAGCCACGGGCAACAAGGAAUGGCAAGAUCUGCUGGUUCAGAAUGGAUAUUUCACCGUGCCUGUGGCAGGAGAGCAGGCGGUCGGGGAUGAUAUACUCUCUCCGCGGUCAGCCACAACAUCGACAUCAUCCCCUCAAAGCACUCGCGUCACCCUUUCCCUAUCAUCACAGGGAAAGCAGGUCUUCUCUCUCAAGCCUUUCAGUAUCUUUGGACUCCGUUACUCUCAGUCGCCGUCCGGUCAAAUCGAAAUUGGAACUAUUAAUCCUCCCCAGGCUAGGCUUGUCCGGAAGUCCUUCUGUCCGUCUCUUAUCACCUCCGACCGAGCUCCGUCCCUCGCAUCCUUCCUUCACCGUACUGCGCAUCGCUCAUCCUCUAUGUCCCUGUUCGGCACGUCGCCGGACGAUUCCCCGGCGGCUGAUUCAGCUCGGAGAUCGAAAUCCUCUUUGUUUGCCGACGAGGCUUCGUUUGGCACUGGCGGCGCCAACUUCGGCAGCUCCUCUCUCUUCGCUGAUGACGACAGUUUAGGCUCACCGUGGAGUAAUAACACUGGCAAACGGACGUCCAAGCAACAAUUGGUCAAGUCUUUGUUACCGGACUCAGAUGUUCCCGAAAGUUAUGUCGACGCGUACGACCUCGUGCUGAGUGCGGGGGAAAGAGCGGGAACGGGCGUUGGCUUAACGACCGUUCGAGAACUAUUGUCUGGUGGCGGACUUUCAGCGACGGACCAGGCCAAGAUCCUGAAUCUUGUUCUCUCUGGCGAUACUGACAGGCAUAACGGGCUCGGUCGCGGCGAGUUCAAUGUUCUAUUGGCUCUGAUAGGGCUCGCGCAGGAAGGCGAAGACCUUACUUUCGAUACGGUGGACGAUCGUCAGCUGCCGGUACCGAAAAGCUCGUACUUGGAUGGGUUGCGCGCAAAGCAAGAGUCCGCCAUGUCUCCUUCGCAUGAACACCCCCGUACUCCUCCCGCUCCCUCAGGUCCCGUACAAGAACCGAGCCCUUCUCAAUCACGCCGAGCUAGAGGAGACUCCAUGGGUGGCCUUGAUGCAGAUCCUUGGGGUAGUCCCCAGCUUCACCGUGGCCAUGCUCACGCUCAGAACGAAUCCGAACGCGGCAUGUUGAAUGGUUAUGGCAGUGCUCGAUCGGCGACGAACGCCUGGUCCAAAACUGGCGAUUCAGGGAAUCCGGCUGAGCCCUCUGACACUGCUCGCACUAACGGCCGACCUGAAGCUCGCAGCUCCAACAGCGCCGAGUUCGGGUGGGGGGAUCAUUUCCCACAAUCUUCAGACGGUAGUGGUCUUGGGGGCCCAGUUCGGCCCAAUUUAGGAGAUUUUGGACGGUCAGGUAGUGGCCACGGCGGCUCGAAUUCAGGUCGGCGCUCGCUAAACAUUGACCGGGCCAUCAAUAAUCAUGUCAAAGAAGUAGUCACGGUGACGCUACUGCAAGAAAAGGAGGGCUUGUUUAUGUUUCAGCAUCGCAAUUAUGAGGUUAAAUCGGCACGUCGGGGGAGUACGGUGGUUCGACGCUACAGUGAUUUUGUCUGGCUUCUUGAUUGUCUUCACAAACGAUACCCAUUCCGUCAGCUACCUUUACUUCCACCAAAACGCAUUGCAGUCAAUGGCACUCACCUCUCAGCGGAUUCAAAUUCAUUUCUCGAAAAGCGUCGGCGCGGCCUUGUACGAUUCACCAAUUCCCUUGUCUCACAUCCCGUCCUCAGCCAGGAGCAGCUUGUGGUCAUGUUCUUGACGGUACCUACGGAGCUUUCAGUAUGGCGAAAGCAAGCGACGAUAUCCGUGCAGGAUGAGUUUGCAGGUCGAGUUUUACCCCCGGAUCUAGAGGACUCCCUGCCAUCCACCCUUAUAGACACAUUUGACACUGUUAGGAGCGGUGUCAAACGCUCGGCGGAGGUAUACAUUAAUCUCUGCACGCUUCUCGAGCGGCUAGCCAAGCGCAAUGAAGGUCUUGCGGCGGAUCACCUGCGGUUUUCGCUCGCUCUUCAGUCCCUAACAGAAAUGACCAGGGACACAUAUGCGAUAGACACCAACGACGUACCCUUACUGAACGAAGGAAUCAAAGCCACGGCAAGACAUCUGUCCGCCAGUCAAAGUUUGCUAGAAGAUGAGGCACGGGCAUGGGAAGACGGGAUGUUGGAAGACCUAAAACGCCAACGGGACAACCUUGUCAGUGUACGGGAGAUGUUUGACCGACGGGACCGGCUUGCCCGUAACAACAUUCCCCAGUUAGAGAAGCGAAUCGAGACCAAUGAGCGGAAGCUCCAGGAUUUACGAGCGCGGCCUCAGGGGACGGUCAAACCUGGCGAGAUCGAAAAGGUUGAGGAGUCGAUUUUCAAGGACAAAGAGUCGAUUGUACAACAGCAUGCACGCGGGGUUUUCAUCAAAGAGUGCAUCCGCGACGAGCUUAUCUAUUUCCAACAGACCCAAUAUCACAUCAGCCGGCUGCACCAGGAUUGGAGUCAAGAGCGAGUCAAAUACUCCGAGUUGCAGGCUGACAACUGGCGGUCAUUGGGUGACCAGGUGGAGGGGAUGCCUCUGGGAGACUGA